AUUACUCUGAACCCACCGGUGAUGCUGAGGGUUUUCGGCAGUCAGUUGUUUAUUGUGUAUAAAUUACCGGCCAUUAAGUCUGAGGAUAAAACAGCCGGCGCUGCACCCAAACUACUCGAAAAGUCCAAAGUUUUGGUGUACGACAUGAAAAAGGACUGGAAUCCCAUCCAAAUUAUAGAGAUGACUGGUGUGGUGUCGGCCAUAGAUAUGAGGGGUCGGGACGUCAUAUUGUGCCAAAAGGACGGCAAAGUGCAGUGCCUGAGUCUGGUCUCUCGCGUCGGAGUCGAGAACUGGUCUCUCAAGUGGAUCGCCUACCACCUGGACAACGAGGGCGUCCCGAAAAAGUGUACUGGCUUAAGUGCCUGCGCUCUGGUGGGCUCGCGGCUACUGUUGGGUACUUUUGAGGGCUCUAUUGAUGUCGUGUUCAUUGAUCCCAAGCCCCAGGACUGCGACAUCUGUGGCGUUGCCUUCGCCCGCAAUAUGGAUCUCAAACACCACAUUAAGUUAGAGCACGGGGUUGAAGGUAAGGCCCCGGGAGGCUCUGGACAUAGUUAG